AAAUGAACUUCAAAUUGGACCCGAGAUCUUAUUCAUCAUUUCGGUUCAUCCACCGUCUGACGAUCGUCUCCAGAAUUGCUUUUUUCCGUCUCUUUCUCCGGUGACCGCCGGCGAUCCCUUUCUCAGACAGGAUACUGCACUAAGUAUUGAAAAAUGGAGGACAUGUUGGUGGCGAUUCUGUCGAUGCUUCUGGUUCUAGCAUUAGUUCCGCUUUAUCUGUGGAAGCGCCGCCAAAAUUCUGAGUCUUCGGGAGAACAUGAAGAUGAAGCUCAGGUUGAGCAGAGGGAAGCUGUAAUAAGAGCCACUGCUACGCGUCGAAUGCGUCGAAGACCAGCUUCUUCAGCUGCUAGCACAUCUUCGGCUGCAGCCACUAUAGAUGAUCUGGGUGAUGACAGUGAUGAUGAAGCUGCUGGAGAUGGAUAUUAUACUGCAAAAUCAUCAAAGAAAAAGGAAAAGAAACGUCAAGAGCGGGAAGCACAAAGACAGGCUGAAGAAGCUUCUCGGGAAUCGAAACAGACAAAGCAAAGUCGCUAUGAUGACAUCAGGAGGAGGAAGGAGGAGGAGCGUGAAGCUAAAGAGCGUGCACUGGAAGAAGAAGCUAAGGCUCGACAGGCCAAAGAAGAAGAAGCUGCUGCAUUGGAGUUUGAAAAAUGGAGAGGCGAAAUUUCAGUUGAUGCUGAAGGAACAACUGAAAAUGAAAUACAGGAUGGAAGCCAGGGUCUGCUUUUUGAUUUUGUGGAAUACAUUAAGAAACACAAAUGUGUGCCAUUGGAAGAUCUUGCUGCAGAAUUCAAGUUAAGGACUCAGGAGUGUAUCAAUCGGAUCAACUCUCUGGAAGAAAUGGGGAGACUCUCUGGUGUCAUGGAUGAUAGAGGGAAAUACAUAUACAUUUCACUAGAAGAAAUGAAAGCUGUAGCUGACUAUAUUAGACGUGAAGGUAGGGUCAGUAUCUCACACCUAGCUAGCAAGUCUAAUCAAUUCAUUGACUUGGAACCAAAAGUAGAGUUGGUUGAGGAUAUAGGCAGCAUCGAGGAGGCCACUGUUGCCUGAUCUUAAUGCGAGUACGUCUUCAUGAACUUGUACGUGUAAUUCUAUGGAAGUCUAAUGUGAAAAAAUUGAUAUGCUUUACCCUAAUUUAGAUACAUAUCUUUCUCCUUCCUUUCUCCCUUUUCUGUCUCUUCAAUUCCAGGUAAAUGGUGGUUAUGAAAUUCCGAACUUGAGGAUUCCAAGACACUUCCUGAAAAUUUGCUGCUCAGAAAGCUGUCAUUGGCGGGGUAUAACCUCCUCCUGUUUGCGAGUAUAUUGCUGUGGCUACUCCUAUGGAUGUAUAUAAGUAGAUAAUUAGUUUACUAAAAGGACUUCUUUGGCAAUUUCCUCCCAGGCUGGCUAAGUUUUGAAGAACAAUUUGUCCUAUAGUAGCAAAUCAAACAUGUCUUGGAACUAUGUCUACAAUUUUAGAGACCCGGUGUUGUUUUCUCGCUUACUUUCUGAGGCAGCUUGUGUCUCUCUUACUGAUUUAUCAGGUAGAUUAGCCUUGCCUGAAAAUCCUCUUAGCUGUCAAUACCAUGUUGAAGGUUUACUCAUAACUCUUAUAGGCAGCAGGACUAAUUCAUCUGUAUUUUGUCCAAUUAGACUAAUGUAGAAACCAAAGGCAUUACAUGAAGAGUUCUUAUUUUGCUGAUA